AUGCUGCUGACUUCGGCGCAAGUAUCUCUCGCCUUCUCAUCGGGCAUCGUAUUUAUCUUCACAGCAGCCCUCUUCCUAAGCGGAUAUGUAAUCCAGCAACGGACAUUGCGGGACCUUCGCCAGGCCAUCAAACCAGCUCCCAGGCCAUCCCCGAAAACAUAUUUACCCGAUCAGUUCAAAAAGGUGAACAACAAGUUCCCUGAUGAUACUGUUGUCCCGGUACGAGACGAUGGGAUUGUCAUUGAGAUCAAACCCACUACGCCAGAGGAGGUCCACGAGACGUCGGAAACAGAGGAGGAGAACCAACAGAAGAAGCCAAUACCGACACUGAAGGAACCAGCACCAGAGUCGAUACCACAGAAGGCGAAAAAUAAAAAGACAUCAUCAGAAAGAGCGCGGAAGUACAGAGAACAGCAGCAAUUAAGGAAGCAGCAACAGAAAGAGCAGGAGAGAUUGGUGGUUCAGCAGGGGCAGCAACAACAGGAUUACAGCACGACACCAGAUGAGGCGGAACAACAAGGGACAAACGAAGGCAUCCCGAUUGAAAUCCCAGAAGGAAUGCUCGAACACCCCGAUCCGGAUAUGCGGGCCAAGAAAGCAGUCAGUCCGGCCGAGAGGCGAAGGCUGAUCAAAGAAGAGAUCCAGAAGCUGGCGCAGCCUGAGGAGAGGGGAUACUAUCAACGACGCCGACUGUGGUGA